CAUGUUAUCACUUCGUGGACUUGAGUUUGACAAGUCGCCCGUUUCUUUCGAGAUUCUGGAUCGCAAGAUUAAGAUUUUACAUCUGUCGGUGCGCGGGGGUAUCGAGAGCGUCAAGCAAGCCUACCUUUCGACGGAGCACCUGCUGCAUCAUAUAGAAUUUCACAUUGAGAAUUCGUCUAGUUUCGAGCUUUCAGAAUCUCUUCAGAGGCGCUUGUCUGAACUGCUCUACAUUCUUUCGGUGUACUACAAGGUCUUCUCGGAGAAUCGCCUGGUCGCCGUUGGGAGCCGGUUUUUAUCCCCGUCUGACCCGCUGGAUGAGGCAUUGGGGCGGCGGGUCGAGAAGUACGCGGAGUGCUUGAGGGUGCUGGGAUGCGGUCUGUCGAGGUUCGACGGCGAGGCGCAGUCGGGUGGAAGUUCUUCCGGGGGAGGACCGCUUGGCGAGGUUCAUUGCCAGAGUGAGUCGCCUUCUGAGGCGGGUGGGCUGGGAGGGGACUUGGCGUUGAACGCGAUUGCUUCUUCGAGUUGGAAGUUGCUUAGCAGGCUUUUAAAAAACGUGCGAGACUUUCCUCAGAAGUGCAAGCAGUUUGCGAGGGUUCACCGGAUGUUGGUGAGAAUGGAGCGCGACCGAGACUCGAUGAAGCGCGCAUUGGAUGUUCCCGCGGAGGGGACGUCUGGAUUGGUUGCGGAAAAGAGGGUCGAGAGGUUGCAGACAAUUUCGAAGCUGAUUUCGGAGGCGAUUGCGAUUCUUGGGAGGCUGUGUUGUUGGGAGCCCGGAAUUACGAGCAUGUUGAACAUUGGGACGCCUAAGAUUUGUUUUUUGUGCUUGGCGCACAAGGAGUAUAUUUGCCAGCGCUGCACGCGAAUUAGUGAGUCUCACUACGAGCGCCUGGUUUUGAAGAAGAUAGGGAAUGAGUUGCUGGAGCUGGAAAACGAGGAGUGGUUGCGUCGCGUGGAGAGCCAGCUUGAGCAGAGGAGGCGACUGAUAGAGAGGCGAUAUCGACAGUCUGUCGAGAGGCAGCGCAGCGAAACGCUGGCACUGCAACUGAACGUAUUACGGGAGCGAAAUGGUUUGCAUCGAGAAAGGAACGAAAAAAUGAAAAAAAAAAUAGAGCAGCUGGAAAGAUUUAACCAGAGAAUGAGGAUCGAAGAAGAAGAGUCCAGAAAGAGCUACGAGCUACUAGACGGAAGUAGGAAAUUGCACUCUUAUAGAGAGCGUAUUCAGAAGACAAAAGGUGAACUCACAUCACGUCGAGUCACCUUGACAAAGCAAUUGGAGAAAAUCUGCUAUCCGACGACCCUAAGCGCCAAGAAUCGCAAGCCGUGUCUAUUUUUUCUGUACACGUGGCACUACGAAGGUCUCAGCGCUGACUCUACUAGCAUGGGAGACAUCAUUCGGUCCCUUAUACUGUUAUGCAGGUAUUGGUCUAUUAAUGUGCCGAACCCUAUGCAAUACAACGGAAAUUUAUCCACCAUCAAAAAUGGAGAAACGGAUAUCGUCUACAGUUUUAAAGACAAAAGCGAAAUCCACAUGAUCUGGUCCCUGUUAAAUGCGAACGUCAAGGUCAUGAGCGAAGAACUCGGGUGCCCUUGGAUGGACUCUUGGAUGUGGACUUUGCCCCACCUGUUCAGAGUGUUUACCCACCACCAACAAAAGCCCAUAUUUCAAUCCACUCUACAAACCGACAUUGGCUCAUUUACCUAAAAUCAGUUUAUGUAGGCGUGCAUACACAUACACGUUUGUCACAUACUGCGUACAACAUAUAUUUGCUACAUAGCGCACAACGUAUGUUUACCUCGUACGGGGAAGGCGUGAAGCGUAGGGACGCAAAGGCAUGGCUUGACCCGUUUGGCUAUUCUACUGGUAGACAAACGUGCGUGUAAUCACUGCGCAUGCGGUACACAUUCAAGAAUCGGCGCGUCUUAUGUGUGCAUAUGUUAAAAAAAAUGAAAAGCAAAAAGCUUUAGGUUAUUUUCGAGUCUCGGUGCUUUUGAUCAUCACCAUCCCUUAGGUGCGCGUUGCCUGCCCUCUCGCAUCCCGCCUCGCGUUUACCGCGAUGUAUUCAAAACUAUGCCUUCGACUUGACGAGUUUGCGUUUCGUCAAUUCGACGACUCGACUUACAUGGGCACGAAGAUUCCCAUUGGCAAGGCGCAGUUUAUGCAACAACUUCACCAGAUUCUCAGGGACGAUUCAUCGGUUAAGUUCCUGGACGGAUACGCUUCGUUCUGCAAGCACAUCAUCGUCCGAAAUUGGAUUCCUGGAAUCAAAGUGGGCGCAAUUCCGAUCACUCCUGAGAACCAGCAUUUGCUCAAAAGCGGCUAUUUUUCUAGAGUGGAGAAAGAGCUACCGGUGCUGUGUCGAUGGUUUUCGAGAGACUCGCUCGCGGAGAUUCCAGAAGGUACUUUUUUGGACAUUAUUUUGUAUUCGAAAGAUCAAAUAGUCAAGGAAUGUGAGGCUAUGGGAAACCCCGUUCCAGAUGAGGAGUUCGACUACGGAGUGAUUUCCAUUAAAUCUCAACUUGAAGGUGCGUUUCUCCUCUGUCCGGAGAUGUGCACGUGGCAGAUAUGUGUGAUACGUAUUGGCUGAUCUUCAAUUGCGAUCUCAGAUUUCGAGAUUCCUAUGUCUCCUAUCACCAUCAUGCGCAAUUCCCUCGGAAGGGAAGAAGGAGGGUCCGGCGUCCCGUUGAAUAGAGCAGAAUACCUCAAAGCUGUCAAAUAUUGGGACAGACACGCGAUGACUCGAUAAACUUUUUUUUUUACAAAAAUAAUAAAAAAUCAAUGCGUAUCUAGUUUAAG